UGUGUAUGAGUGUGUGUCAUGUGAAGUUAAGUGCUCUGCCUAAUGGCAAAAAGGUCAACCACUUAAGCAGCAUUGCCAAUCCUAACCUCCCAAAAUCCAACCCCAAAGCUUCACAUAAACAUUCCUUCCACCAAACCCCAGCACUUUCAAGAGUUGCCUAUCAGAUAAACUCUGAUGGAAUGUGAUUUUUCCAGGCCUGGGCAGCUUUAAUAAAGAUGAAAAAGAUAACUUGGAAUGGGAGUGAUCCUUUGGGUUGCUGAGCUGGGAAAAAUUGGCAACAUGCACUUAAAAUCUGCCUUAGGUGUGCAUAAAUCCCUUUUGUGAGUUGGCUAGAGAGAGUUCCAUUUUACACAGGGAGUCUGGGUUCUUUGGCUGUGCUCUGCUUAGUUGUGCUCAACAUGCUACCAUCACAGGUUUUUGUGUCAACCUGUAAGCGCAAGAGAGGACCAAACUGGAGUGAGAAAGAGAAGCAAGUUUUAGUUGACGAGUACAGACGACAUCGCCACGUCUUACGACCCAAAGGCCCCGCCCAAUCCUCCGUGGUUGAACGUGAGAAGGCUUGGGAUGAGAUAUGUGCGGCUCUGAAGGUGGUCAGCGGACCGUACAUCAAGAGGGAUGUAGUGGAUGUGAGGAAGAAGUGGGAUAACCUCUGCUUCUGGGCCAAGAAAUGCAUCGCAGAAUGGAAAGACAAAAACGACAUCCAUGCAGAAGGUGGACUGCAAGCUGCAAUGAGUGGUGAGAAUUCACCCCCAACCCUAGCACUGAAGAUACUAGCCAUCUACCAAGAAGAAUGGAUAGAUCUAUUCCCCAAUGCACAGGUGGUAGAUGGGGGCGACGUCUUCUUUGUCUUCAACAAUCAAAACGAUAACAAGAAUACACCAAAGGGUCCACCAGACAACUCAGCAUUCAUCAUUGAUAAUGGAGGAGGUAAAGCCAAGAUGGGAGGAGGAGGAGGAGGUGAAGAUAUUUAUGAAGUAGUAGAUUGUGAUGAAGAGAUCACUGAAGUCAAAGCAGAGACAUCACCAGGACAAGGUCUCCAGGAUGAUUUUGAUGCAGGCUGGCAACCUGAAGCAGUUCCUGAAGACGAUCUUAGCUACCAAGACACCGAUUUGGAAACCCCCAAGAACCAACAAAAGAAACAUCCAAACACCAGCUCCCUCCCGCAUCGUUUCAUGCAGCGUAAAUACACCACCCAAAUCUCUUCCCCACCUUGCAACAACUCUACCAGUCUUCCUCUCUCUGCGUCCUCCCCGUCUCCCACAGUGACGUCAGCUCCGCAUCCGAUACCAACAUCAUCAUCCGUAGGACACCAAUUCAUGCCUUACCAACUUCACUCAUCCAUUCCAUCAUCAAUGAUCGUCAAUCAACAACUCAACACCACUAACAUUCCUAUGUCUUCCUCGCCGUUGGCUAAGCGCAUGCGCUACUCUCAGCUCGCUGCCGAUGAUGGUCACCACAGCGACAUGGAUGACGAAAAGGACAUUGAGCAACUCAGCAAGGAGCUCCUGAUUUUGAGGAAGGAGAAACUGGUGCUUGAGAAGCAGAAGUUGGAGAUUGAGAAAGAGAAGUUGGUGAUUGAGCGUGACAUAUUAGACAUGCAGAGAGAACGUCAGUGGCUUGAGCUUGAGAAAGAUCGUUUGGCCAAUGGUCAAAUUAACUAGAAACUUCACAGUACUACUUAUAACAUGACAAGAUGCAAACUGACAAUAAGAUUUGGAAAAACCUACUUACUUUUGGAAGACUAUUUAUAAUUUCUAGAUCUUUGUAGCCAAGUGACCAAAGAUACUUGCCGUUUUGUUUUCAAUCAUUUUUGUUCACCAUAGAGCAAAGUAAUAUGCCUUAGCCCAUGAUUUGUGUUAGUUUUGUAUCAAAGUUUUUAUUCAUUCUUUGGUAUGUUUAUUUUUAUAACGUACAUUCUCUAGUUUGUUUAUUCUAUGAAAUGUUUUGUUUUAUGACGUUACAUACAUCAUCGGCUGAAGAAAAACAGCAAGAUUUACAAAGGUUUCAUUUCGUUUUCUUUUUAAAUACUGGAUUUUAUUUGGCAUGAUGCUAAUAAACCAGUGUGUUAAACUUUUCAACUACUUGCCAGGUAGGCUUAUUACUAAGCCCAGUAUUUGUAAUAUUUAUUUUGUAUGAUAUAAAAUUUUUACUUGUCUGUUGCAAGAAAUAGAUAAAUAAAUGUCAACAAACCUAAACUACAUGUAAACCCAACCUGCUUCCUGCAAUGACCAAGCCUACAAAGUUUAUAUCAAUAUUAUAAAUAAAAUAACUUUUCAAUGAAUUAAAAAAAAACACUGUUAAAGAAAUUGUAAAUGAUCUUUAUACAGUAUUUCAGUUGUGACUUUAUAAUACUCUCAGUAAUUCAUACACAACCAUGACAUCAAAUAUAUUGAUGGAAGGAAUUUCAAUAAAACAGCAAAGUAUACCCCUUUUUCUAACAACAUAGAAAUGAAUUUUACAUUCAUCACUGAUAUCUGUGGAAUUUUUCAAUGACUUUUUUUAUGAGUUAAAAAUGUGUUCAGGCAAUACAUUCUGGCUUGCUGGCUUACACUGUACUAUGACUUUCGAUACUGUACUACAUAAAGUUACAUGUACAGAAAACUUUGACAAGUGGAAAAUAACUAUUUCAUGUCACAGGAGGCAUGUUGGGUAAACUUUCAUUACAAACAUAAGGCCAAAAGUUGACAGAAAUUAAGAAUAAUUAAAUCUAAUAUUGGUUAAUGAUAUUCACAUGCAUGUUAAAAAAAUGCACAGAUAUGAUAAAUAUUGUUUUAAAUAAAUUUAUGCAUAUUCCCAUUAUCUGACUGAUUUUCUAACAGUUCUAGAAGUGCUUAUUAACCAUUUUUGACGUACCGUAGGCUCUUUUCAUAUUCAAACUAUUUUGUACUGGAUUUGUAUCGAAGCCUUCUAUCCUUGACAAGAAAGUUAUAAAAAUAACUUGAAUAAUGAGUGAUAGCUAUAUCAAAGUUUUUCUUGUUUUUCAACUUUGAAAAUAUUGUUAACUUUGAAAUUCACCAGUUGUUAGUUCUUAUAUUGUAAUAAGCUGAAUACCUGCCAACCUUAUGUAAAAAAAAGAUAUGUUUUUUAAAAUAAAGGAAUGUAUUUGUUAUGAA